GUCCUGUCCAGUCACUCACUAACACUCCUCCGGGGCGCAGGACGCACGGAGGACGCGCGUCAAAGCAGCCGAUCUGUGUCAUUUUCACGUUGAAUUAUAUCAGUGAUAUAAAGUGUAAUUCCUUCCGGGUGUCCGUUAGAGAACAAGUUUGGACUUUCCUUUGUUUGCACAUGUGCGAUUCUCAGAUUUGAGCCUCAGGUAUCGCGGGAUUUUUUUCCUCCUCUCUAGCGAACCGGAGGUGUGUUUCCUAUGAUGCUCGGAUAUCACAGGAGUGUUUGCCCCACGCUUUGGAUCCAUAAUGUGAGGAUUUGUGUCGGAAUAAACAAGGACGCUGAGUAAAGGAAAACCUAAACUCCCCAGAGUGACCCAGUGAAGCUCGUUUCGAUCCUCCAAAGAGCGGGAUGGGGCCGUCAUCCACACUGCUUCUCAUUGCUUUUUUAGGCUGGGCUACAGGUUCCUCUCUUCACUACUCAGACGGCCGCUCCAGCCGUCUCUCCCUGGAGAAAACCUUCGGCCGGUCAGUCAAAGACUCCCAGUGCCAUCACAUGCUGAAGCACCUCCACAAUGGAGCCAGAAUCACUGUGCAGAUGCCUCCCAAUGUCGAGGGUCACUGGGUGUCCACCAGCUGUGAGGUGAGACCAGGACCGGAGUUCUUGACGCGCUCCUACAGAUUCUACCCCAACAACACUUUCCAGGCUCACCAGUUCUACUACGAGGACAACCACUGCACCAAACCCACCUACACACUGGUAAUCCGGGGUCGUCUGCGCCUACGCCAGGCCUCCUGGAUCAUCCGUGGCGGCACAGAGGCAGAGUACCACCUCCACCGUGUCCAGAUGGUGUGUCACACGGCCACCGUGGCUAAAGAGCUCAGCCAGAGGCUCAACCACAGCUGCCGAGGGGCGGUGAGGGGCUCCUGGGAGCCCAGUGUGAUCUACGAGCUGUGGAGCGAGGAGGGCGGCUAUGACUGCUCCAGGGAGCUUAACUUUGCCAUGCAUGAGCUGCAGCUGCUGAGGGUGGAGAAGCAGUACCUGCAUCACAACCUGGAUCACCUGGUGGAGGAGCUGUUUCUAGGAGAUAUCCACACCGAGCCGUCGCAGAGGCUCUACUACAAGCCGUCCAGCUACCAGACGGCUCUGCAGAACGCCAAGAACCAUGACCACGGCUGCAUCGCCUGUCGAAUCAUCUACCGCUCCGAUGAGUUCCACCCUCCGAUCCUGCCGCCGCGGGCCGACCUGACCGUGGGUUUGUACGGCCAGUGGGUGAGCCAGCGCUGCGAAGUCCGCCCUGAGGUCCUCUUCCUCACCCGCCACUUCAUCUUCCAUGACAACAACCACACCUGGGAGGGCCACUACUACCACUACUCUGACCCCGUCUGCAAACACCCCACCUUCACCAUCUACGCCCGUGGACGCUACAGCCGAGGGCUUCACUCCACCCGAGUCAUGGGCGGGACAGACUUUGUCUUCAAAGUGAACCACAUGAGAGUGACGCCCAUGGACUUGGCCACCACCUCCCUCCUCAACGUCUUCAACGGUAACGAGUGCGGAGCGCAGGGGUCAUGGCAGGUCGGGGUGGAGCAGGAUGUCACCAUAACCAACGGCUGCGUGGCGCUGGGCAUCCGGCUCCCCCACACGGAGUAUGAGCUCUUCCGCAUGGAGCAGGACGCCCACGGCCGCUACCUGCUCUACAACGGCCAGCGACCCAGCGAUGGCACCAGCCCGGACCGGCCGGAGAAGCGGGCCACAUCCUACCAGAUGCCCCUGGUGCAGUGCUCGUCAAGCAGCCAGCCGUCCGACUACAGCCAAGGGGAUGACGGCGACAGGCCUCUGUUGCACCACAAUGACUGCACAGGAUGGCACAGAGGCAGCCAGAAACACGUCACUGUGGCUUUGGUUGCGUUCGUCGUGUCUGCGCUCCUUUUCUGGCAAAGCUAGAGAGCAGCUUUUCUACAUGAAGACACAAGACAGGAGUGUGGAUUACAAGAGCGUACUGGGAGACUGCUUGUUAAAACAGCAAAUGUAAACUUUUAACUUUGCCUUUCUGAUGAGAAUGAGGAUGAAAACUGGUGCCCCUGAUCCUCUGAACUCCUGCCCAGCUACCAAAGACUCCAACACUGCUGCACCACAGAAACUGCACUUUACAGUGGAACCAAAAAUGUCUGUGUUUCCACAAAUAUACAAAGAUGUCUAUAUAUCCACACAGACCUGAGAGUAUGUUUUAUACAGUGUAUUUACCUAGAACUAUCAAGUCAUUUCUUGGUUUGGUACGGCAAAAAAAAAAGAAACACGAUUUGAUGUGUGGAAGCGUUUUCUACAAUGAACUCUUUGACAAUAAGCUCCUUGUCUCAAGGAGAUAUGCUUGUGAGUCACUGUUUACAGUAAAAGGGAACUACAGUACUUAUAUUAAACCAAUUUCUCUAAAUAUAGCCUGAACUCAGCAACAAUUUUCUGUCAUCUAUUCCACAUAAAGAUCAUACUGCUAUUUUGGAUACAAUAAAACUCUUUCAUGUGCAGGCAAUUAUCUCCUGCUCACAGCUGCAUCUUCACUGGUCGACACUUGACCUGGUUUCCACUGGGGCUAUUUUGAAACUAUGUCCUGCUCAGAUUGGGAAACUGUACCUGGAAAAUUGGCGUAUAAACUAGAGUUGCCUCAACAACUGAACACUUGAGAUGCACUGUAAAAUCAGAAAAAUGGUUAAAGCAGUUAGGACUGGGCAAUGCGGCUUAAGUCAAUAAAGUAUUGAUGAGAAUAAUUAUCUGCUAUAUCAAAAUGGUAAACCUAUUCAAAACCACAUGGAAAAAAUAAUGCAACAAAUUCUGCCCUGUCUUAACAUGUGUAAAAUGUUUUAGCUUUAAAUAGCAGAGCAGAAUUUAGCUACACAAUAUGAUUCCACUACAUACUGUCACUGUAAGAUAUCGAAUUGUUAACUAGUCUUGUAGCUGUUACAUGGUUUAACUAUACCACAGUGAAACUUUGUUUUCAUAAAUCUUGAAAAAAUAAAGCAGAUAUAUCAAAAUAUGGCAUUUAUCUGCUUCAAUUUUCUUGGUUGAAAAUAGACCCAGAUACAUAAAUCCAGCUUAUGUUUUUGGAGGGGUAAUUUUGCCUCGAGUCUGUGAAAGGAAGUAAUAGAUUAGCGUAAGGGAUGUAUCGACUCUGAAACCAAGACAAUCGUGAUCAAGUGAUCACAGCUGCGUUAAAAGUAAGGCUAGGUUAAUUAGCUCAAGAUGAAUAAUAACCCUGAGAUUACAGACGGCCUGGCACAUUAAAGUUAGAAGUGUAAGAAUGUAAAAAAAAAAAACAAACCCAAAAACUGAGGUAUGAACUGAACCAUGGAUUUGGAGAAAUGUUAAAUCAUUAGUGUGCAAAUCAGAAUUCAACUUGCUGCCAAUUUCUGAAAGUGAUAUUGUAAAAACCAGAGGCACUGUAUCAAAAUCUGCCUUUAAAUUUACUCUCAUAUUUAAAUACUGUAGGUCCCUCAUUUCCAUUAUGUUUUACAGUAUGGCGUUGUUGUGGCUCUACUGUCAAACUUUUAAGCAGUAGGUCAUGACAAAGAAGACUGAAGUUUAAUCAGGGAUUGGAUUGGAUUUUAGUUCCAUGCUUUUUUGGAUUUGCAAUCAGUAUGAAGACAGGACAAUGGGAAGCAGAGUACGUUUUACCUGUCCAGAUGUGUGGCUCCAUGAAUCAGUCUCUUCCAGUGAGGAACCAGUGAAAGGAAACAACAGAUUAGUGCUCUUUGUUCCUCCAGGUGGUUUCUGAAUCUGAGAGUGGAAUAAAUUCAAAAUACCUCUGUUGGGAAUAAAGUCACCAGGUUGUGGUGCAGUAUCAGCACUGAUGGGUUCACUUGUGGGAUCACAGAGGUUGCAGGGAUGUCUUCACCCUCUGGAUCAUGGACCAGUACCUGUUUGGGGAACUUAGCAGCAUGCCUCUAACUCACAUAAACUUUGAAAACUGUUCAGCAGAGAAAGGACUAACAGGCCAUCACAGCAAACUCUGUUUCUGCAAUGGGAAAACUAAGUGACGAUGCUUUCUGAGGGCCAGUUUUUCAGUGUUCCCAGACUAAAAAACCUGUAGUAGUCUCCAAGAAAUGUCUUUGUAACUGGAUACAUGUAUAAGAUGAAAGGUUUGACACUUUUCAGUGUCCAUCUAUUAUGUAUAGUAACAUUCCUGUUCUAAUAGACAUUCUGUAUAUUUUACAUACUGAACAUUAAACAGGGAACAUACAGUA